AUGAAUAUCUAUCUAUCUAUCUAUCUAUCUAUCUAUCUAUCUAUCUAUCUAUCUAUCUAUCUCAGUCUGUUCAUAUUUAUCUAUCUAUCUAGCCAGAUGUUCCUACAAGGUGCUUGCAGCCAGAAUGCUGACAUUCUUAAACCGGCUGUACACCAGUUGAAACAGUGGGAAACUAGUCCUGGAUUUUAUACGAUUUUAUCAACCAUCUUCCAGAAUCAUGACAUUGAUUUUAAUGUUCGAUGGUUGGCUGUAUUAUAUUUUAAAAAUGGCAUUGAGCGUUACUGGCGAAGGAAUGCCCCAAAUGCCAUUGCUGAAGAAGAAAAAGAUGCGUUGAAGAAACGCCUUGUUGAUAGCUUUAAUGAACCGGUGCCUCAGGUGGCCACCCAACUGGCUGUGCUGAUUGGCAAGAUUGCUCGCAUGGACUGUCCGCGGUACUGGCCUGAGCUGAUCCCCACUUUGCUGCAGGUGGUACGCUGCAAUGAUCGAUUGCUGCAAGAACGAUCUCUCCUCGUACUGCAUCAUGUUAUCAAGUCGUUGGCUUCAAAACGUCUCAUGGCAGACCGCAAGCUCUUUGAAGAAGUAUCAGACAAUUUAUUCUCAUUUGUGUUGAACUUGUGGAAUACGCACAUGGAGACCUUUCUGCAGCUUGCCUCAAAGUACGAGGAAGGGAUGUUAGAAGCUAUUGAGAGGUGCAUUUUGAUUCUCAAAGUCUUAAGAAAAUUGGUUUGUUUUGGAUUUAGGGAUCAGCAGCUUCAUUCCGAUGCAAUUUUAUUCAUCAAUUUGGUUUUUACUCGGCUUGAGACCCUUCUUGAAUGCCGGCGUAGUCUGUGGGGAAAUCGACAAAUGGUGGAUAAGUGUGAGAAAUUAAUUUUGCUGAUGAGCAAAGUGCUGUUAGAUGUGUUGGAAGUCCAUCCAUUCUCUUUCAUUCAGUUCAUCCCAACUGCGCUACAGUUUGUGGCUCGUUAUAAUUUUACAGAAACUGGGAAAGGUCUUCUCUUUCCUCAUUUCAUUGUGAAUUGUUUGAAUCUUUUGAAAGGUAUCAUUCAUAGUGAUAGCUACAAAAUUGAUUCCCGGAAAGCUGACAAAGUAAAUCCUGCCACAGUUGAAGCGCACAAAUUAAAGAUGGAGUUUUUCACGCCUAGCACACUGACUGAAAUCUGUCAUCAUCUUAUUAACCGUUAUUUUCUGCUGUCUUCUGAUGAUCUUCAAGCAUGGGAAUCAGAUCCUGAAACAUUCUGUCAAGAUGAAGGUGGAGAUUCUUAUAAAUUCUCAUUAAAGCCAUGCACAGAAGUAUUAUUUUUGUCAUUGUUCAAAUGCUUCCAUAAUACACUGUCUCCUGUGCUGCUUGCAAUGGUCCGUAAUGUUCAAGGUCCCUGUGAUGUUGAAGAUAUGGCAGCGAUACUUCGCAAAGAUGCUGUUUAUAAUGCUGUUGGUUUGGCAUCUUUUGACCUUUUUGAUGAUAUAGACUUUGACCAAUGGUUCACAAGUCACUUGAUACCAGAAUUACAGAACAAACAUACAAAUUAUCGAAUUAUGCGUCGACGUGUGAUAUGGUUGGUCAGUCAGUGGAUUGGUGUUAAACUGUCUGUGACAUUGAGGCCAACCUUGUAUGAGGCCAUUCUUCCUUUAUUACAAGAUGAUGAAGAUCUGGUGGUACGGCUUGAAGCUGCCAACACUUUGAGGACUGCUGUUGAUGAUUUUGAAUUUAAUACUGAGCAGUUUUUACCGUAUCUGAGCCCCUCAUUUAGCCUUCUUUUCCAACUGCUGAGGGAAGUCAAGGAAUGUGAUACUAAGAUGCAUGUUCUUUAUGUGAUAUCAUUUGUGAUUGAACGUGUUGGUUGCCAGAUCCGUCCAUAUGCAGACCAGCUUAUACUAUACUUGCCACUUUUGUGGGAACAUGCUUCUGACCACAACAUGUUGCGUUGUGCUAUACUGACAACUCUUAUUCGGCUGGUCAAGGGUCUUGGCACAAAUUGCAACACAUUGUAUAAUUUCUUGAUUCCUGUGAUUCGCCUUAGCACUGAUGUUACACAGCAGUUCCAUGUUUAUUUGAAAGAAGAUGGUCUUGACCUUUGGCUUGAGACCCUUCACAAUUCACCAGUUCUCACACCUGACCUCCUUGAAUUGUUCACUGCUAUGCCAGCAUUAUUAGGUAUGUCCCAGAUGUCAGUGACUGGGAAGAGAAUGUUAGAGCUAGGGACUGAGAACCUUAAAGUUUGUCUCAAAAUUAUUGAGGCUUAUGUACUGCUGGGACCCAAAGAAUUCAUGCAGAGAUUUUCAAAUGAACUUGUUCUCUCACUGUCCAAUUUAAUCACAGACCUUAGGACAGAAGGCAUUCUUAUGAUUCUAAGGGUUGUUGAACUUGUCUUCCAAUCAUUCCCUCUGGAAGGGCCUCAAGUAUUCAAACCAUUGCUCUCUCAUAUUUUCAGAACAACAAUUGAGAAUUCAGAAUUUGUUACUGUGAUAGCUAUGCAGAUUUGUAUCCUGUGCCGUGUUUUAUUGCAAAAUAAUGAAUUCUUUUGGUCCUUUCUUGAACAAGUAUCAGCUGAAACUGAUAAAGAGAGUAUUCCUUUGCUGGGUCUUUUACUUGAUUUGUGGUUUGAAAAAAUAGAUUCUAUAACACAACCAGAACGCAGGAAGCUUGCUGCCUUGGCUAUAUCUUCUCUGCUCACAGUUAACCUCAGCCCUGUGACAUCAAGAUUUGGCAAUAUUAUAAAUCUGUGUGUGGAAGUACUGCAUGACAUCUGCCGAGCAGACUGUGAUACUGGCAGUCAGACAGAUUGCCUUGUGAUUGAGGAAGAUGAAGAAGUCUUAAACAGUGAUGAUGAUCUGGAUACAGAACACGAUAAAAGGAAGCAUAUGUUGACUCGGCAGGAUCCUGUGCAUGUAUAUUCCCUGAAGGAGUUUCUCCUUUCUCAAUUGAAACUGUGCCAACAGUUACAUGGAAACAUAAUGUUCAAUGAAUUGAUGAGUCAAGUGGACCCUGAGAUCCUUAAACAACUUCAAGAAUUUACCUCCUGA